GUAGCUUCUCAGUUCAGUGGCUCUUCCUUCUGGUUGUCGCUCCCGAGGAUGGCCGGCUUUUAAAGUCCUCCUGCAGAUUAAGCUUCUCAUGUGUGUGGCUGAUCUGCCUGGUCUCUUUUGGGACAAGCUCUGCCACAAAUAGUUGCCACUAAAAAUAAAACGGCGAGCUUUAUUCAGGACCUGGCCGUCCUGCGGUCACACCUGGGGGAGCUGAUUUAAGGCUUCAAAUUAUUGUACAUCAAGUCAGUUUAUCAGAAUUUCCCCCCGAUCCAUGGAACGUUCCCCAGCGAGGGUGGAGAUCCAGUCAUCAUUUGGGUCUGUGGCCGUUUGUGUCAGAAACACUUGGAUUGAACAUUGUGGCACAGAGAUGUUGCUCCUCUAGCAUCUAACAGAGGAUCCAGGUGUAAAGUUGUGGGCUGUGCUGCAGGUUUGAGGCACUUCCUGGAGUCAAUCUACUUCUUUUCAUGUGAUCCCUGCGCUGGUGUGGGUUUUCUCCCACAGUGAAAGGCACUUGCUGGUGACUUAAAUUGGAGAGGUGUGGACGAGUGGUUGUUUGUGUUUGUGUCCAGUCCAGGAUAUUUUUUUUUUACAAUGAAGCUUGAUGAUUUUAAACUGUUUUUUGGGGGGAAAUAACAAAUCUAUGGUGAGAACUUUGUUGUUUUUUCCUUUUCUCUUUUCUUUUUUUUCCAGCUUUUGCGGGGGGUCACUUUCGCUGGCGUGGUCUGGAAUCGAAAGCUUGUGAUGAGGGAUGUUUGGGAAGAAGCUGGCGCAGGUCACACAAACUCACAGGCGCAGCUGAGUGACGGAGCCCCACAGAGCGACGGCACACUCAGAACAUUGAAAUGGCAGACGCAGCCGUAGCAACACCCGCAGAGAAGAAGGCUCCUCCCAAAUUCAAGCAGAGGACCACGCGCACCUUCAAGAGCAAGGCCCCCAAACCAGGCCAGAAGGGAUUCGGAGACGACAUCCCCGGCAUGGAGGGUCUGGGCACAGACAUCACCGUGGUCUGCCCAUGGGAGGCCUUUGGCGACAUGGAGCUGAGCGAUCUGGCCAAAUACGGAAUCGUCUAGAAGCCUUGUGUCUUCACCACCAAUUCCCACUCUCAUCCUUCCCUCCACUUUACCGCAGAUUACAUCACACGACUACACUGGACUUUGGGAGAAACUAAGCAAAAAACUAUUGAAGCCUAUCUUCCAUCCUUCACUCGACUCAGAAGAGCAGAGGUCACGACCCCAGACCUUCUCUCCUUCUUCAGAGGUCCUUCUGUGGAUGUACAUUUGUAAAUGAAAAUUUUACUUUUUAUAUAGGAGGGAUGUAAAUUUAAGAAUUGUGUAGCUGUGCAGAACUGUCGAUAAACAUU